AUGAAUCAAGAAGAAGCACAAUUAUUAUACAAUCAAAUGAGACAAAUUACAAAAAAUGAUCGAGUAGAAGCAAUGGCUUUAUAUGAACAAGCUUCAGCUCGAGAACAUGAAUUAAUAGCAAAUGAAAUAAAACAAAUUAUAGAAAGUUUUUCACAAACAAAUACCGAAGAUGAGGUUAGUUUUGCAGCAUUUAAACAAUAUCACGAGUUACGUGAAAAAAGACUAAAUAUUGAAGCUGAAAAAUCAUUGUAUUUUUUAUCCGAACAUAAUUGCCCCGACUCUAAUACGUUCGUUGGGCGAGGCUUUCUUGCUCCAGCUAUAAUAAAUCAAGCAAAUAUAAAAUUAACUGAAGAAGAACAUGACUUACUUAAACUGGAUCCAAGAUUCAUAUUUGACGAUCCAAAAAUAGCAUCCAGAAGGCGAGUUACAGAAUUAGCUACUCUAAAACGAAAAAUAGAAGGUCGUUUUUUUGAAAAAAGAGUGAAACCGGGCCGUCCAUUGGAAGAAUUUAUUGCUGAACUAGAUGUUCUUCUUCAAAAACUACAUAAUGGACCAAUAACUACCAAUAAUAAAAAUAAAAAUAAAAAUAAAAAUAUUAAUAGUAAAAUAAUAGAUAAAGAUAUAAAUACAAUAAUAGAAAGCCAAUUGAUUCAAUCGCAAAAUAUGGCAAUUACAAGAAUUAGAAAAAAGCAAAAUUAUAGUCGUCUUGUAAAACGACUAAAACAUAAAUUUAGAAAAGCUGAUAUCGUUCUAAGAAAAUCAGAUAAAUCGAAAGUAUUCCAUUUAGGUAAAUUAGAAGAUUAUCAGGAAAAAUCAAAAGAAUAUAUGGAUAGAACCCAAGCGUAUAAGUGUCUUGGAAAAGAAGAUCCAUUAGCUGAUCUAAUAAAAAGAACAAAUAAAUAUCUGUUGAAUCUUCGAUUGGCUAAAUGGAUUACUCAAAAACAAUAUGAAUUAUUAACUAUUAAACCAAACGAAGUCGAACUUGCCCAUUUAUAUUACUUACCAAAAGCACACAAGCCUAAUACUCCUCUUCGGCCAAUAAUUAGUGGUUUGAAACAUCCAACAAUAAAAAUAUCCAAAUAUCUUGAUGAUUUAUUAAGACCAUUAUUUGAUAAAAUGGCUAAAGAAUCAACAGUUACUUCAGGUUUCGAAUUGCUUAAAAAAGUAGAAGAAUGGUCAAAAUUAAAUAUAAAUCAACAGACUUUAUUUUGUACUAUAGAUGUAGUUGAUUUAUAUACAAUGAUUCCACAAACUGAAGAUGUAUUAUCAUUAAAAAAGAUGUUAGAUUAUUUAAAAUUGAAGCAAGUUGGUGGCCUAAAAUUAGAAACAAUUAUUAGAUUAGGUAGAUUUGUAAUGCAAAAUAAUUAUUUUUCUUACGAUGGCCAAUUCUAUCAUCAAAUAAGAGGUGGAGUUAUGGGAUCGCUAUUAACAUUAACUGUUGCUAAUUGUUACAUGUUCUUUUUUGAACAAUAA